AUGAGGGCCGCAGCGCAUGAAGGUACUAAAGCAGUGACUUAUAAGUUAGACCAAACAUAUAAAGUAACCAUUUUAUUAGGAGUAGAAUCAAGUGUAAACACCUACCCGUGCACUACCUUCCCCUUACCUCCCCGUGCACUACCAACCUCCUCCACGUCCACGCCUCCUCCACAUCCACACCUCCGCCACGUCCACGCCUCCUCCACGUCCACGCCUUCUCCACGUCCACGCCUACUCCACGUCUCCACGACCUCCACGUCCACGUCCGUCCACGCCUUCUCCACGUCCACGACUCCUCCACGUCCACGACGUCCACGACCUCCACGUCCACGUUUCCUCCACGCCCACGCCUUCUCCACGUCCACGCCCACGUCCACGCCUCCUCCACGUCCACGACUCCUCCACGUCCACGCCUUCUCCACGUCCACGACUCCUCCAAGUCCACGCCUUCUUCACCUCCACGCCUUCUCCACACCCACGCCUCCUCCAUGUCCACACCAACACCACACCCCACACCUCACUUGGGCCUCCACUUCAACCUUCACCGCCACACCCCACACCUCACCCACCCACACCUUCAACCUCCAUCUUCACACCUCACCUUGGCCUCCACCUUCAACCUCUAGUCCCUACAUCCAGCACCUCCACUGGCCCCACCUUCCACCUCUAGCCACGUACCCCACACCCCGUUCGCCACUGCGUCUCGGUCCCGCACCACUGAUUCCGACACGGAGUUUAAAGAACCCCGUUAUUGUUGAUGAGGUUUGGGGUUCAAGUGGCUAG